UCAUCUCCUCUUUGGUCGCCAUGUUCUCAAAGCUUCUUCGCAAUGAAGAAGUGGAUAAAACUGUUAAUGUUGCUUGCCAGUUUCUUAUCCAGAAUUCUCGAAGCGAUCGCCAGGUGAAAUAUCAGCCAAAGAAAAACUCCGGUUUUCUGCAGACUGUUCAGACGCCCCUCUCGAUUGAUCUGCCUCUUGUCAUUCAUUCUAGAGUACGUGACAAGAAUCUUAUCAACAACCUAUCAGAGGUGUACAUUAAGAGUGACUACAAGAAGAUACUCAACCUCGAAAAGCGCGUUGAGCAAAGCGCUCUGAAGCGGAUGAAGGAGACAGGUGGAUUUUGUCUGCCUGAUUUUGUCAAGAAAGGAGUUAACAUCUGGUUUGCGGUAGAUAACAUUGAUCUCUUAGAAGACACGCCAACUGGCCAGAAUACGUUCCACGGCACAGUGAUCGUAAUCAAUCAGCAGGCAGAAGAUGGAGAACCUGUCAACCCACCGCUUGUUCUCCAAGACAAUCUCCUCUCACCGGCACCAGCAUUUCACAUCAAUUAUCUGCAAGAGCAAAUAAUCAAAACUAAGCCUCAUCGAUAUGAGGUCUGCUUGUUUGGUAAGCGAAAGAAUUUAACUUCUAAUGACUUCCAUCACACUUGGGCGCUCGCUAACUAUUUUGGUACUGAUGACGACCACGAUGAAACCACUGAGAGCCGACAUGCGGAGAAUGAAGAGGAACAGGAGAUUGAAGAUCAAGAAGGUGAAGUCAAUAGUGAAACGGCAAGAAAUUUAAGUGACUCUAUUCUCUCUGUGAAUGAGCCAAUCCAUAAGAGAAAGAAGUUAGCAAAGGAAGAAGUUAUACCAACUUGGGCUGCUACUAAAUCUCUGCUGCUAUCACACACCGCCACAUCGACACCUGUGCUAUUGAAUGUGGCAUAUACACAUCUGCAGCUCUUCGCGGGAUAUACAGUGGCAAGGCAUACAAACGAGGUGUUGAGUCCCACAUUACAACCAGCUUGGCGAUAA